AAACUUCAAAAAUCGUUACAUAAGAAAUUAUUUUAUUUUUGCGGUGACGAAAUGUUGGUAGCAGUGCCCGGGAUCCGAAGCCGCAAAUCCCGUUAUUCAUCGUUCAGAUUUAAUCAAGAGUUCAGGCUAAAACAUGAUACGCGGUGGAACUAGGAUCUUGUGUAACGCUGUCAAACGAGGCUUUGCAAAUGCUCCGGCUCAAGAACCUGCCAUUCAGGCUGCUUUCACUGUCCAAGAUCUAAAGGAUUUCAACGACCGUGUUAAGAACUCGAAAGUCCCGGUGAUCAUCGACUUCUUCGCGACAUGGUGUAAUCCGUGCCGACUGCUGACACCCAGAUUAGAAUCUGUAAUUGCAGAAAAGCAAGGAAAAAUUUUACUCGCCAAAGUUGACAUUGACGCACACACCGAUCUUGCCCUGGAUUACGAGGUUGAUUCUGUUCCGGUCCUCAUCGCUAUGAAGGAUGGAAGGAUUCUGGAAAGAGUAGUCGGACUUCAAGAUACGGAUAAACUACGACAGUUCGUCAAUAAGUAUGCUGAUGCAAAAUAAUCAUACUGAUAAAUACGUAAAUUCUUUCAAUCUAUAGUCCUUAGAGAUGCCUUGGUCUUACAGAUGACUAAAUGUAAUUAGUCCAGACUAUUGUAAACAAUGUAUAUGAAUUUAUUUACUGGUUACGCAUGGCAACGUUAUAUGUUACAUUAUUAAACGAAAAG